CGGCACUGGAAGAGGAGGUGGAGGGCGAAGAUCAGCUGGCGGCCGCGAGGGCAGUGGUGACGGCGAGAGGCGAGCCCGCCGGCGCCGGUACACAGAAGAGCAAGUUUGUGUGAAGAGCAACGGCUAUGUUCAGUUUUGUGCAGAAUGUAAUGAUUUAAGGACUCGCUCUAGGAAGUGGACUCCCGAAACCUUUGAUGGUAUUCAUGGAGAACUGUUAUUGAGAACAGCCAUUUGGUGGGAUAUAAUUGAAAAAAAAAAAGAAUGAAUCAGAAUCAGGAUAAAGGCUCUAAAUGCUAAUACUAGAAAAAUUACAACACAUCUCAGUGAAUUUGCAAGUGAUUUAUAGCGUUGAAGAACAUUGGCAAGACCUCUAAGGGAAAGUACCCUGAGUUUCUUCAACCGAUGAUACACUAUUCUUAGAAUGAAGUGGUCUGGGAUAUAAACCGAAAACCUAGGGGUCAACCUUGACUCUCUCAUCUGUAACCCCUAAUAGCCAAUCAAUCAGGUUUUUAAUGGCUGUGACCUUUUGGAAGUAGAUCGCCAGGCCUUUUCUCCGAGGCACCUGUGGGUGAAUUUGAACCACCAACCUUUUGGUUAGUAGCUGAGUGUUUAAUUCUCUGCACUACCCUGGGACUCCUAUGCUUUACUGUAGGCAGCUUAUAAUACCUCCCACGUUCUUUACUGUUGUGUACCUCUUGCUUUUCCUUCUGUUUGUGGUAUCUUUGUUACUUUUCUUUUCCUGGAUAACUUUUACUUAUCUUUUUACACUGAAGCCAGAGUUGACGUCCUACAGGAAGUCUUGCUUGAACCCCAAUUUAGUGAAUCUCCAUCUUCUGUGCCCCAGUAACAUCCUAUGCACGUCUCGUAUUAACCACAUUGUACUAAACUCUUUUUAUGACUCUUUUCCCCAUUAGACUGUUAGCUCCUGUAAGCAAAUACCGUUUCUUAUUCAUCAGUGUAUCUACGUAACCGGUAUGUAAACCUGUUGCCGUCAAGUUGAUUCCAACUUGUAGAGACCCUAUGGGACAGAGUAGAACUGCAUGAUAGGGUUUCCAAGGAGUGGCUGGUGGAUUCGAACAUGCCUACCUUUUGAUUAGUAGCUGAGCUCUUAACUGCUGCUCCACCGGGGCUCUGACUGGUACAUCCCGUUGCCGUAGAGUCGAUUCCGACUCAUAGCGACCCUGUAGGACAGAAUAGAACUGCCCCAUAGAAUUUCCAAGGAACGCCUAGUGAAUUUGAACUGCCAACCUUUAGGUUAGCAACCAUAGCUCUUAACCACUGUGCCGUCAGGGUUUCCAAAGACUGGCAACAUAAGGGAGCCUUAAUGAAUAUUUGUUGAACUAAGUGACUUCAGCUCAUUGCUGUGACAUUGAGGUCUUAGUGAAGUUUCUUGGAUCAGUGGUGACUAGAUACCAGUUGGCUGUUUCAAAAACAUCUGUAGAGAAAUUUUUUUGAAAAUUAUUGAUUCUGAGCUUUAUUCCAUAAAGAAUUGUGAUUCAGUGAAUCUGGAAUGGGGCCUGGUAAUAUAUAUUUUUUAAAAAGCUUCCUAUUUGAUUCUGGUUUGUUCACAGUUUGAGAACAAUUGUGCUAGUUUAUUAUUGUAUGUAUUACAUUAUAUUUUAUGUGAAAGGUAGCCCCUAGAUCUCAUACAGUAAUUUAUUGUUUAAACUUCAGAAGUUGUGUCUACUAAAGUAUAGAUAUACUGAAGUCAUGUUUUUGGUACCAUAUUGACAGAAGCAUCUUAACUUUAAGUUUCUCCUUUGGAGGUCUGUUGCAGUUUGUUAACUCUCUACUGAAAAAAAAAAAAAGAUCCCAUUUAAACAGGAGUCUUCCUGAAUUGAUAGUAAUAAGAUGACUUGGGCUUCAUUCCAUGAAUUUAAAUAUUUUUGGCAAUUUGUAAUUACUUUUCACUUUUUAUUACAGUUUUUCAGAAUGAUUUUUAAGCUUUUUAUUGUGGCAUAACAUGUACAUUAAGGAGCCCAAGUCUUAAGUGUACAGCUGAGUGAACUUUUACAUUUGAGUGGUUAAGAGCUUGGCUGCUAACCAAAAAGGUCGGCAGUUUGAACCCACCAGCUGCUCCUUGGAAACCCUGUGGGGCAGUUUUCUUCUGUCUUAUAGGGUUGCUGAGUCAGAAUUGACACCCUGAGUCAGAAUUGACUUGACGGCAACUUACCAUUUAUUUUUAUAAAUAAUACCCAUAAAGCACUCAGGUAUAGAAUAUUUCUAUCUAUAGACGGAACAUUUCUAGUCCCUCAAAGGUUCCCUGAUGUCUAUUUCUUGUUAAUAUAUAACCCUCCACCAAAAGAUAACCACUAUUUUGACUUAUAGGCCAUCAGUUAGUCUCAUGAUUAAAGCUAUUAAAAAUUUUUGUACAUAUCUUUUGGUAGUAUAUGUAGUCAUUUCUCUUGGAUUUACACAUGGAAUUGCUGGAUUAUAGGAUAGACUUGUGUUUACCUUCAGUAUAUAAUGCCAAUUUCCAUUAUUGAUAGCAGUUCACAAUGAAAAAUGGAAAUUAAAUUAUUUGAAGCUGAUGGUGAAAUUUGAGUAUCAGGAGACUUCUCUUUGUUUGCCAGAGUCAUUUAUAUUAUCAUAAAAAGAACCCAACACACAAAGAAAACUAAAUAAGCCAUUUUAUAGGUACCAUAAAUGUAGUUUUGUUUUAGUCAAAUAGUUUUUUUCUAUAUAAAUAAUUUUGUUUUUUUCCUUCUCCUUAGGCCCAUCUUUCCUUGUGGGUUGGCAGGCAGAUAAAUAAGGCUGCAGAAUGGGUCUCCGGAUUCACUUUGUUGUUGACCCACAUGGUUGGUGCUGCAUGGGUUUGAUUGUCUUUGUCUGGUUAUACAAUGUUGUUAUAAUUCCCAAAAUUGUCCUCUUUCCUCACUAUGAAGAAGGACAUAUUCCAGGCAUAUUAAUAAUAAUAUUCUAUGGCAUUUCCAUAUUUUGUUUGGUUGCCUUAUUGAGGGCCUCAAUAACCGAUCCAGGAAGACUUCCUGAGAACCCUAAGAUCCCACAUGGAGAAAGGGAGUUCUGGGAACUCUGUAACAAGUGUAAUCUGAUGAGACCAAAGCGUUCCCAUCACUGCAGCCGCUGCGGACACUGUGUCAGGAGAAUGGAUCAUCACUGUCCGUGGAUUAACAAUUGUGUUGGUGAAGACAAUCAUUGGCUUUUUCUGCAGUUGUGUUUCUACACAGAACUUCUUACUUGCUACGCACUGAUGUUUUCUUUCUGCCACUAUUAUUACUUUCUUCCACUAAAAAAACGUAACUUGGACCUCUUUGUCAUUAGACAUGAAUUGGCCAUAAUGAGACUAGCUGCCUUUAUGGGUAUUAUUAUGUUAGUUGGAAUAACUGGACUCUUUUAUACUCAACUAAUUGGCAUCAUCACAGAUACAACAUCUAUUGAAAAGAUGUCAAACUGUUGUGAAGAAAUAUCGAGGCCCAGAAAGCCAUGGCAGCAGACCUUCUCAGAAGUUUUUGGCACUAGUUGGAAGAUCCUGUGGUUCAUUCCUUUCAGGCAGAGGCAACCACUGCGAGUUCCCUACCACUUUGCCAAUCACGUCUAAACAGAUGGAUGGUGGGCACAGAUGGGUCCUCCAUGCUGGAAAUGCGUUACAGGUUUUAUGAUAAUAGAACGAUGACAGUCUUCAAGUCAAUUAAAAUCCACCCACCAAUCUUAGACAUCACAAUGUGCCCCAGGCUUUAUUUUAAUAGUGAUCUUGAUCCUGUUGUGGGACUAAUGCGCGAUCUAUAUUUAAGUUUUAGAGCAUGUUUACUUUCAAAUUAGCUUUCCACAGGGAAAAUGCUUUUAUUAUUAAGCUCAAAAGGCAGUGAUUGGGAUGAAAUAAUUGUGUAUAAUUUGUUUUAGUACUGAUAAUGUUACAGAUUUUAAUUUAUGGGGAAAUUUCAGAUGUUUACUUAAAUUUUUCACUUUUAAGUAGUACUAACCAAAUCUGAAUUUAAUUCUCCAGGUUUUACAAAAGUUGAUACACCUUCUUAUAUUAUGUAUAAAAUUGUCUCUUUGAAUACAAUUUAAAAGACUUAACAGUUCUUUUUAUAUGUGCUGCAAGAUUUCUAAAAAUGCUGCAUAGGAGUGAACAUCAGCAAAAAGGGCCGUGUUUUCUUAGAAGUAGAUUUCUAAUGUUUUCUCCUUUUCCUCUUUACCAAAACCAAAAUAAAAACACCACUAAAAUAAAACACCAACUACCUACCUUAUUGUAAAGAAAAGAUUAAAAUAUUUUUCAGCAUUAACUUUCCCAUUUCUUUCCCUUUUCUGUUCUUAUUGAUAGUUGUUAAAAUAUUUGCUCCAAGGAGAAAUUUGUGACCAAUGGACAUGUAUUCCUAUUUGACCCUAAGAUUUUGUUGGGCAAAAAGUAUAGAGAAUUUGCAAUAAUUCCACAUAUACCUUUUCUAGUGCAGUUAUAUUAGAAUGCGUAUGUUUUUAAAAUGCUAGUAUGACUAGAUAAUAUAUAAUGUACAGUAUAAAGAGGAAUCUUAUGCCUUUGAAAAAAAUAUAUGUACUUUUUACUUUUAUUUACCUACUAGUAGAUCUAAAAUUACAUGUUGAAGGUUUAUAUAAUAGAUAUUGGCCAACUAAUAUUGAAAUUUUUUUAUAGAAAAUUGCUGUUAAAAGUAAACUUUUGUGUACCUAUAAUUACUGAAAUUGAAAUUAAAUUUUAAUUGGCCAAUUAUAAUUUGGGUUGAGAGACCUUUUAUUAGUAGCUAAUGUUAGGAAAUGACUUUAAAAUAAGAAGAUAUAAUGAUCUGUAUUUAUCAUUAGCCUUACAGAGUUUUAAAUUGCUGAUAGUGAUGGCGUCUUGGAAAACAUAGAACAUUUGUGUGAAAACAUAUUUAGCAUGCUUUGGAAAAAAAAUUGAGCUUUUUAUAUUUUUUCCAUUAGAAUACUACAAAAUCCAUAUAUCUUUUAUAAAAUAUAUAUAUACUCACAGUAUUUCACUUGAUAAGAAGAUUAAAGGAGAUUACUGUUCUUGGAACAUAUUAAUAUUUUACUUGCAGUUAAUUUUCAUUGUAAGGAAUCACACAUGGGAAAUCAUGGAGCAGGAGGUUACCUUGGUCAGAUAGUUAACUAUACUGUGGUUAGUUCUUUCAGAAAUUAUAAAUAUCUUCUAAAAUGUUCUGAAAUAAUAUAAUAAAUAAGCCCUUCUCAGAAAUAUUAGCACCCAUGUUUUUAAUGUUUUGACUGUAAUGCUUCAUUACCAAAAACUUAGAAGUGGCAGAUGAAAGUAUUUAUUGGUGCUGAUAAGAUGCUUAGUAAGUUUAAUAUAAGAAAUAUAUUUAUAAAGCUUAGUGAAACACAAAAUUAGUAUGCUUGUGUCAGGCAAAUGGGUUGAGUUUUGUGCAGACUAACAUAUUGAGCAAAUUUGGCCUGGUGACAGAAUAGUUGGGAGGAAGUAAUGUAUAGGUAAUACAGAUAGAUACUAGUUUAAUCCCUUACGUUGUAUACAUUCUUUUCAAAUGAAGACCUUGAGAAAAGAGCAGGGCCAAGUAAAGACUCCCUAAAUUGCUGUAUGGAUAUAUUUAUACUUCAUGUAGUAAUAGAAGCCACCUCGAAAUGUACUGGGAGGUACUUGAGCUAACCUGUGCCUCAGUCAUGAGAACAGGAGGUGGACCCGCUCCCACACUGAAGGUUUGUGUGUGUGUUUUUAUCCCCCUUAGAUCUACCACCUUUAGGGCAUAUUUUCUUCCCUCGUUUUUUUUCUUUACCCUUCCUGCCCUGACUCCUCCUGCCUGGUUCCUCUAAAUUACUGGACUGAUUUACCCAUGGACCAAGCAGGCGAUGUGUUUAUUUUGUUUGAAUGGCAGAAAUGCUACAUAUCAAUAUAUCUAUAUAAGAAUAUAAAGUAUGUCUAUAUAUACUUAUAGUGUAACUUUCAGUAUUCCCUAGUUAGCACACCUAACCUUAUUGUGGGGGUUGUAAUUCUUGUUAGACUGUAGGUAGUGCACGAACUCUGAUGUUCUCUCAACGCCCCCUUUUGGCUAAUUGAUGUAAUUAUACUGGCUCGAAAGAGAUUUACUGCCCCAUAAGUGAACUGUAUAGCCAAAAUCUGAAAGUGUCAGAGGUACAACGUUAGCAGUGUUGUAUGUACAAAAAUGUAAAAUUUUAUGAAAAUGGAUGUGUUCCUAUGUCUGAUACGGAUUUUUAGUUCAUAAGCAUGUGAUGUGUAUUUUGCUGCAUUUAUGCAUAUUCUUACUCUGUUUUUCACUAGCAGUCCCCAAAUUAGAUCAGGGUAAACUAAUGUAAACCAUUUCAUAAAUUUUAUUGUAAACAUUAUUUUGGGAAUUAAAUCCUUAGAAUUAGGAAAAAACCUUUAUUUUAAAAGUACCGAUUUAUUACAAAACACAGAAAUGUAUUAUAGUUACAGUGGCAAGCAGGUAUCUACUAUGUUUUAUUGAGUAUCUAAAAAUAUGUUUACUUUUUUUUAUCUCAGUUUUGGAAUUUUUUUUUUUUUUUACUGGCUCUAUUGCCUUAAAAUAACUAGUAAGACUAGUGAUUCUUUCUGUGCUUUCUCUUUUCUUUCGGUCUUCUUUUUUUUAAUUUUACCACAGUUAUACCUGUAGCUUUAUUAGCUAAUUUAUUAUAUAUUCUGGAUAA